AUGCAGCAUUAUUACAAGAACGCAAUUUUAUCGAUCGCUGUACAUGUUUCCGCCGGAGAUGAAGAAGGUUUCUUGGGCUAUAUGCGGAAUAACUCCCAAGGACAAUUUGAUACUAAGGAGAUAUCUCCAUGCGAGUCUCAUAUCAAUAUCCGACAUCCAAUCACGAUUCCUAGACUCGCUGGAGAUACAUGUCUAUCCAGGCGAGCUUGGACUUUGCAAGAAGACAUCUUGUCAUCACGGACCCUGCACUACACAAAAGAGCAAAUUAUCUGGGAAUGCCAAACCAGCAAAUAUUGUGAGAGCGACGCCUCCGAAUUAGGAGAUGAUCAUCAUUACUUAGUUUCGGGGUUAAAGAGAUUUUUCCUUGCACCGCACGUUGGUGCAAAGAAAUACGACAACAGUUAUGCAGGCCUAUUUGAUCCGAUCUACCGUUGGUACAGCAUCCUCGAGAGCUACGACUUCACGAGAGGAGUCUUGUGGACUUCGGUCGGGGUUGCUGAGGCUACGCAACAAUAUCGAGCGCCGUCGUGGAGUUUGCUAGCCUUGAAUUUCUCCAGAAAAGAGUUCAGAGAAUCUCAUGUCUUUCCCCUGAGACGUAUGAAGGAUGCAAACUUACUCGAAAUUCGAAGAGCCAAACUUCUAGAAUGGCACAUUGACACAGCUGAUGGCGAUCUAUUGGGUCGCCUUAAGUCUGGAUACUUACGCAUCCGGGGAGCGAGCCUACCUGCCUCGCAAUGGCGAGGAAAGGUUCCACCGCACUUCAAUCAACAAGACCUAGUUUCCUUCAAAUCCUGGAUUUAUGAAAGUGAUAACCUCCUCCCUAAUCAGUUAAUCUGCGUUCUUCACAUUACGCCAAAACACCUCUUUGUGCAUCGGUCGAAUACAGCUAGUAGAUUAACAGAACUUGGAGGCGAAUGGGAUUAUCUUCUCGAUGAGAAUGUCGCACAAGCUCAACUCCUAGACGUUACUAUUCUUCAAAUAACGACUGUCAGUGGCGCCCCUUAUUCAAUAGAUGUCUCAAUGGCCUUGAUGCUGCGAGCAAAUGAAGACGGAACAGCUUAUCGAAGAGUCGGGAUAGUAGAAGUACCUAAUUACGGAUAUCUUGCGGAGUUUGGUUGGGAGACAAGAGAUUUUACUAUUGUGUGA